AUGUCGUUGCUAUUGAGCGUCACUAAAAUACUUACUUUAGCGAAAUUAUUGCAAACGAUCUUCACCGCCUUAUCAUUGUUACAAUAUGACGCGGUAGACUAUCCAGACCAAGCUGUUGUUCAAGAUGGUCAAGCGUUUGAUUUCGUGGUAAUUGGAGCAGGUUCAGCCGGAUGUGUUGUGGCCAAUAGACUUACUGAAAUCUCUGAUUGGAAUGUACUCCUCAUAGAGGCGGGCGAUAAUCCCCCACUUACAUCGAAAAUUCCUGGACUCUUCUCAUUUGUAGAUUAUUCAGAAGCAGACUGGAACUAUUAUACAGUCAAUGACUUUUAUUCGAGCCAAGCACAUAAAACUAAAAACAUUCAUUAUACCCGUGGCAAAAUGUUGGGCGGUUCCUCUGGUGCCAAUUACAUGUUCUACGUCAGGGGAAAUAAGGCGGAUUACGAUAGCUGGGCCGAACAAGGAAACCCUGGUUGGAAUUGGGACGCAGUCUUAAAAUAUUUCAAGAAGAGCGAGAAACUAAACGACGUGUCUACUUUGCGUAGCAAAUCGGCUGAGCUGCAUGGACUGGACGGAUAUCUCGGUGUUACGAAACCAAGUUGGAAUAAAUAUUCUAAAAAAUACUUUUCAGCGUUCAAAGAAGCCGGAUAUAACGUUUUGAAAGACACUAAUGGGCCUGAACAGCUUGGCUACUCUCAUUUGCAAUACACUGUUGAUGACAGUAUUCGUCAAAGUACAGCCACUGCUUUUUUAGGACCUAUCAAAGAUCGUAAAAACUUAUUUGUCUUAAAAAACGCAUUAGCCACGAAAAUUAUUUUCGAUUAUAAUAGAAAAGCCGUUGGUGUUGAAUUGAUACUUAAGAAAUUCAAAAUGAUUCGUGUAUUAGCAAAAAAAGAAGUAAUAUUAUCUGCAGGUGCAAUUAACAGUCCACAGUUGUUGAUGCUCUCUGGAAUCGGGCCAAGUCUUCAUUUAAUAGAAAAGAAUAUUAAAGUGCUAGUUGAUUCACCAAAUGUAGGACAAAAUUUAAUAGAUCAUCCAAUAACUGUCCUAAACAUUGCCGGUGGUAACGACAUCAAUACUGUUAUAGACAACCUAUUCAUUCUUUCCAAUUUAGAUAAAUUCCCUACGCCUGUCUUUAUCGGACACGGCGCUCUUAAUAAAUCACAAAGUAUUCCAGAUUAUCAAGCAUGUGUCUUUCCUCUCCCUAUGUAUUCACCCUUAUCGUUGUUGGUUUGUUCAUUCACAUACGGAUUAGUCGACGAAAUUUGUAAUACAUUCAGUAAUGUUGUCAAAAAGAGCGAAAUGGUUUUCGUUAUGUUGUCUCUUUUACAUCCAAAAUCGAGAGGUGAAGUUAAACUAGCCACGAAAAUCCCAUAUGAUAAACCUCGCAUAUAUACGGGAUAUUAUAGCAACGAUGAGGAUUUAGAAAAACAUGCUCGUAGUGUGGAGGAUUUCCUUAAAAUACUUAAUACUACAUUGUUUCGAAGUGUUAAUGCGCAUGUAGUUGAUAUGCACGUACCGCAAUGCAAAUUUUUACCAUUGGGCAGUCACGAAUAUUGGAAAUGUCAUAUUUUGAAUACAGCUUCGACAGAAUGGCAUCCUUCGGGUACUUGCGCGAUGGGCCCAACGGGUGUGGUUGACGAGAGGCUACGAGUAAGAGGCGUUUCUGGUCUAAGAGUAGUAGAUGCAAGCGUUAUCCCUAUCAUACCGAGUGCUAACACCAAUGCUCCAACUAUAAUGAUCGCUGAAAACGCUUGUGACAUGAUCAAAACUGAUUAUGGUAUAAACGUAUCACUUUUUCCCAAAAUCUAA